ACUGUUAGUAGUACCCAAAUCCGGGCACUUGACUUCGAUUGUUGUUCUUGACAAAGUAUUUAUAUAAAACUCUAAAAAUAUCGCAAAUGGAGACGCAUUGAUAUUAUAUGGUUAGUUACCUUAAUAAAUUAUCUUUCGAUUUGAAUUAAAAUCAUAAUGUAUCAUUUCUUUAAAGUAAAUAAAAUAUUGUUAAUUGUUAUGUAGAGUAGUAUCUAAAACUAGAACGGGUAGUUUUAUACAAGUGUCAUUAGAGAUUCACAAUGUGUAACUUUUCAUUAAUUGUUGAAUAACAAUGUUUACAACAUCGUGGUAAAUAAAAGUGACUAGUAUUUUCUGUAUAUAUAAGUUUUAACAUUAGAAAAUCAAUGUUUUAUUUUCAUACUUGUGUGUAUAAUACAUUUUUCAGGAUAAAUUUUUUUUUAUGUAUUUAAAAAUAUUAAAAUCUGCUUUUAAUCGAAUAUCAAUUGUAUUUAACUGUUUAGAGAAAUUGAUGAUAUAAUCUUUCUAGACAAAAAAAUUUUCCUUUUAGUCUUUUUAUUGCUGGCUGCCAGAAUUUAAUGUUUUGAAGGUUAUUUAAAUAACAUUCUUUGUAAUGUGUUGUAACGAAUACUGUAGUGUCUGUCUGUUAAUACACACAUGCUGUAUAUAUUUAGAGAUAUAGAUUGAGAUCGUUUCUCAUAGUUUGUUAAAAUAGAACACUUUAACCUGAACAAUCGAUAGUAUAUCAUAGGAGAGAUAGAGGCCUAUAAAUUCACGUAUAGAUGAUUAAUCUUCAUUUUACAAGGUUAUGACAUAACGCUUGUUGAAAGUCUACUUGUCUAUCUAGAUAUGGCGGAGCACAGAACUUCUAAUUCUAAACAGCUAUCUGAUCUGGAUUUUCUCUUAUCCACGACAAUGACUGAUACAAGUUACCACGAAGGAGUUAUUGAUCAAACAGCAUUAUCUGCGUUGGACAGUGUGCAGAUGAAUGUAGAUCUAAACCCAGCAAAUUUAUCAUCAUCAAAUAGAUGUUAUUCAAGAACUAGUUCUACUGGAAGUGUUCACUUUUCGUGUUCUUCAGCAUCGAGCGCUCAAAAUUCUGAUGACGAAGACAGUGAUGGUCGACCUCAGUCUUUUCGAGAUCGGCGAAGAGAAGCUCACACACAAGCUGAGCAAAAAAGAAGAGACGCAAUUAAGAAAGGAUAUGAUGAUUUAGCAAGUCUGGUACCGAAGUGUCAAAGUGCUGAUCCUGUAGGGGGACAAAAAUUAAGUAAAGCUGCAAUUCUUCAGAGGUCAAUCGAGUAUAUAACGUAUUUGCAAAAGGAGAAGUCAAAACAAACAGAUGACUUAGAAAGUUUGAAAAAGGAGGUUGUAGCUUUAAAAAUAAUGAAAGCCAAUUACGAGCAUAUAGUAAAAUCUUACAAAAAUACCCCCGAAGCUGGUCAGAAUCAAGUAUCAGAUGAAGUUAAAUUUCAAGUGGUUAGUAAAAUCAUAGUUUAUAUGAAAUAUUAUAAAAUUUAGGCUUAAAUUAAUUAAGAUGUAUAGUUAAAUUAAAAAUUGAAAAAAAAAAAGCAUUGUGUUCUUAACCUGGAAAAUAGUUUCAGGAAAUUAUGGACAACCUGUUUACGAGUUUCAAUGCAUCAAUAUCCGUAGCAAAUUUUGCUGAAUUAUCCGCUUGCGUCUUCACAUGGCUUGAAGAGCACUGUAAACCACAGCUAUUGAGAGAAUUAACCUUGAAAAUUUUGCAACGAUUUAAUGCAAAUUUCGGAUAAUAAUUUCAAACUUUAUACAUUAGUGAUCAUUUUCUUCAAUUCUAUUUGAAAUAUAGAAUAAAUGGAUAUAGAGUCGAGCAGAGAGGCAAGAUAUCAACUUUAAGUGAAGAAGAUCCGCUUUUGUAAAGGCAGAGUGUUUUGAAGUUGCUUGUUUAAAGAUGAAGAUUAAAUAAUUUAUUGGUUUGUCAUCUGUG